AUGCUGCUCGCCCAUUUGUUCUCCUUUUCUUCAUGUCUCGUCUCUACGCCACAUUGUCCACCUGGUCCAAGCCACAACGUGUGCUUCAGCUUGUCCACCACACCUUCUGUCUGCUCUGGCCUGUCUCCUCAAAGUCGGCCCCACGGCUCCAUACUGUGGCGGUGUGCUGCGUCGAGUUUCAAGGCGGCGGCGAGUUCACAUCAAGGAGGCUACAUGCUAGGCAGUAGUCCUCGGCUGGGUCUGGCGUCUGCUUCCUGGGUCACCUGUCUCUCGCUGUUCUCGCUUCGUCUCUGUGCUCGCUACUCUGGGGCUGUUUUACGCUACCAGUAUACACGACGGAUCUGGGAUUGGGCCACUGCUCUCUGUUACUGCUUGGCUGAGGGUGAUUUACUUCUUCCACGUGUGAAUAGUGAGUAUGAUCAGCUCGUAGGAUACAGCUCUCGCCUAAUGAAGGAGUUUGUUACUCGCAAGCUGCCGCCCCAUGAAACGGUUGUGCGAACAGAGCUUCGCCGUGGGAAAAGCUCCGCCUUCAACUGGAUGAUGUAUAUGCAUGUCCAUGUAUUCGCACAACAUUCUGGAGUAUCCACUGUCCGCCAGAUAAAAGUGGCUGGACUUUCUCGCCUCGGUCUAAUGGUGCAUUGGAACGGUUUGGCAUGCCUGUACGAAGACCGCUUAGACAGUGCGCCCACGGUGCCAGCAAACACGUUGUCUGAUGCUCGGCAUCGAGAACUCCAGGUCAAUUGGGUUCUCUCCCCCACAGGCUCAUCUACAGCAGGCGUGACCUUGAACACGUGGACCAUCAAAUUGGUCUUGGUUUAA